CCAAUUUAUUCCUAAAUGUUAUUGGAAAAUAUCAAGUCAAAUUUAAGUAUAAAGUAUUAAUAAUUUACAGUGAAGAGGAAAUUCAUUUAGUUAAGAGGGGAAGGGGAGAAAGCAUCAAAACAAGAACUUGCAUGUUGGAUAGUUUCCAGUGCAGAUAAAAGAUUUCACUGCAAACUGUAUUCAGCCUAUCGCUGGAAAUGUUUAUCUUACUAAUUAAAAAACAAAAGAAACGUAAAUUGAACGAUAAAAUUUUUUACUUCUUUAUUAAAUAUUUUGCUUAAAUACCAGACCCUUAAGCAAAUUCUGUUAAUUCACAGAAAAUAUCGAUGGUUUAACUUCUACCACUCGAAAAUAUAUUUUGUUUAGUCAAUGAAGCAUUCGCCACUUAGACGCAUUAAAUUUAUCCAAUGGAAAUGACGUAAUUAUUCGAUUAAAGCAGAAAAAAAAGCUCACUAUUGCCGUCUAGUUAACAACCUUUCGAGCGCUAAAAUCUUUAUGCUUGAUAGCAUACGAGUGAAAGUAUUAUGAAAACCAUUAAUAAAGGUCUCAAUAUUUUCGUAACAUUCCGGAACGGUAUAAUCGAAUAUUUCAGCAAAACACAAGGUAGGUGUGAAGCUUCUGGGUGACUUAAAUUAUAGGAAAAUCGCUUUCUACCGUUUUUCAACACGACUUUUCAACAAUCUUCUAUUUGCUGGCAACCGAAUGUUUACCAGAUCAGUUUGUAAACGUCGUCGGUUAAGGAGGUCUGCCUUAAUUUGUGGGAUACGAAAAAAAAUCGUUUCUAAUUGAAAAUCGAUAAUUUGGAAAUUUAACAUUCCGUAUGCCGGUGCUUCACUGCUUAGACAACUGGAAGAAACUGCAGAAAAUAUAACUUUAAAUUGAAUUAGUUUGUGUUAUUACUUAAUAUUUUUUUUACACCUAAUAAUGUUUAAUUGGGAUGAAUGCUGUCUAUUGUUUUUAUACUGUGUGAACAAAAUAACAUUUACUCUGAUUAUUCUAUGAUAAUAAUGUUCAGAGAUCGAGAAAUAGUAUUUAAACAAAAUUCGUCGUUCAAACUAACGUCGAGGAGACAGGAGACGCCCUCUAGUAGGCAAAGCUACUUAGGCUCUCAGCCUGCCCAGUUGACAGAUAGAAGUCGCAAAGUUCGUAAUGAGUCUAUGCUGACAUAUAGCGAAAGGGUUAGGAGCCUUUCCCUAGCCAGACAACAAGCAGAUUUUGUUCAUAAGGAAAUAAAAUCGGAUAGAAAUUCCGGCUGGCGUCCCCUUAUGCCAAUGGAGGCCUACUCGGAGCGUUCAUUCUCCGCCGUUCAAACGUCAAAUCUUGAGCUACCAACAACGGCACGCCCAUUGUCCGAAAACCUUCGGUCAAAUACGGCCUCCGCUAUAAGGGAUAAAGCACGAUUCUCAUACACAAACUUUGCAGCCGAUUUUCCUAAGCUUAACGGCGAAACUAAUAUAUUGAGUCUAAACGACCUUCACGUAAAUGACGACCCUCCCACUUUGGAAGCAAGUUCUCUAGAAAUAGUCCCGUGGCCUCCACCCGCUCCAGCACAAAUUAAGAAAGACUCAAUUCGUAAAUCAAAACCAGUCCUACCUCCUGUUGAGAGGACAAAAUCCCCUAGGCCAUUAUCCAGCGAAUCUCGAACAAAGGAAACCCCUUCGCCUUUAUUAGAUGUGAUUAAAAGGAGAAACUCGCCGGAGCCUAUAGAGAGAAUUCGCUCAGCCGAGAAAAAAAAGAAAACUAGAGUUAAAAAAAAACUAAAGCAUAAAAAAUUAGAAGAAAAUCAGGAACAUGAUAAACCAAAAGCAAUUAAAAAGAAGUCUCGGUCCAAGAGCUUACCUAGCAAAUCUCCAUCACCUCCAAUUAAGAGGAAUGAGGAUGUUGAAAGCCCAAAUUUAGAACAAAGAAUUCUAGUCAGCCCAGUACCAAUGUCUGCCUGUAGAAGAGAAUCAGUAUCCCCUACUAAGAGCUUAUUAAAAAGUGCUAGUUCUGACAGAAUAGGACUAAGUAAAAAUGUUCAGUUUGGCGGUGAAUUCAUAAGAGAAGUAACAAAAAUACAAUAUUCUUCAUCCGAGGAUGAUGAAGCUGAUGACGAAGAUGACCAAGACGAAGAUAUCGAAGAUUUUUUUAGUGAGGAAGUAAAAGAGAACACCGAGAAGAAUGGACUAAGAAUUGCUGAUGAUCAAGAAGAUACAUUAGGAGAGGAUAGUGAAUUUAACGAUGGACCAUUAGACAUAGACGAAACGAAACCGUAUGUUGAUAAUCCUUACGAAUAUGACGACGAAGACGACGAAGACGACGAAGACGACACUGGAAAUGAUAAUGAAGAAAACGACUCCUAUUCUGCAGGCAGAUAGUAUGAAUAGUCCAUUUUUAAUUUUAAUAUUAACGAAAUAAGCUUGUAUUCAAAAUCAAUAAUUAUCAUAAAUAAAUAAAUAAAUAAGCUAUCAAUAUAUAUAUAUA